ACACAUUAGAUUUUGUCUAAUGUCUGAAAUAUUUGAUUGAACUUUACCUACAAAUUAAAUGUGGCGCUCAUAUUUGUGCAACUCAGUAGCAGAAUGGUUCCUUUUACCUUAUGAAUAUUCAAAGCUACACUGAACGGGAUUCUUGUUGUUGUAGUUGUAUGUACCCUUUUGUACAAAGAGUUUACAAAUACCACACACAUUCACUUUCAUUCUAUUCUCGUCUCAUACCCCACUGCCUCUCAUUCAGUUCUUUGCAAAUACUUCAUGGGAAAUUAAUAAAACUUGGUUUCAACAAGAAUACUUUUCUGGGUAAUUGUUAUCUUGAUUUGUAUAGCAAGUUUGGUACAAAAAUUGAUGCUUUUAAAGUCUUUGAUGAAAUACCAUACAAGAAUGCUGUGUCCUGGAAUAUAUGGUUGAAGGUGCUAGUUCAGUCAGGUGAUGUGCAUUGUGCACGCCAAUUGUUUGAUGAAAUGCCUGAGAGAGAUGUUGUGAGUUGGAAUUCGAUGAUUUCGGGGUAUGCUUUGUAUGGGUUGUUUGAGAAUGCUUUGGGUGUUUUCUUGGAAAUGCAAAAGUAUGGUAUUAGGCCUAGUGGAUAUACUUACUCGAUAUUGGUUUCACAUGUAGAGUUUGCUUUCCAUGGCAAGGAGAUACAUGGAAAUAUGCUAAGGAAUGGUGUGGAUUUGUCUAAUGUGGUGGUUGGGAAUUCACUGAUUGAUAUGUAUGGAAAGCUUGGGAUAGUAGACUAUGCUACUGGUGUAUUUUUAGCCAUGGAGACAGUGGAUGUUAUUUCAUGGAACUCAUUGAUUUCGAGCUGUUGUAAAUCAGGGUAUGAAGAUACAGCUCUGUCUUAUUUCUCUUUGAUGAGAGCUUGCAAAUAUUCACCGGAUGAGUUCACAAUGUCUUCAGUGCUUAUUGGCUGUUCAAACUUGCGCAGUUUGGAGAAGGGCAAGCAAAUCUUAUGUCUUUGCGUAAAGAUGGGAUUUUUGUGCAACGCUAUUGUUUCAAGUGCAGCAAUUGACUUGUUUUCUAACUGCAACAGAAUUGAGUAUUCAGCUCGUAUAUUUAAGGAUUCAAAUAUUUGGGAUACAGCUCUGUGCAAUUCAAUGAUUUCGAGCUAUGCACUGAACAGUUUAGAAGAAAAUGCCUUGCAGCUAUUUGUCCUAACUUUGAGGAAAAAUAUUAGACCUACUGAGUUUACACUCAGCUGCAUUCUUAGCUGUACUACAACUUUCCCUGUGGAUCUGGGGAUUCAAGCUCAUUCUUUGGUCAUCAAGUUAGGCUUUGUAUCAGAUCCUGUUGUUUCCACUUCACUUGUAGAUAUGUACUGUAAAUAUGGAUUGAUUGAUUCCGCCACAAAUAUUUUCAAUGACCUACUAACAAGAGAUUUGAUAUCGUGGAACACCAUGAUCUUUGGGCUGGCUAUCAAUGGUGAAUCUACCAAAUCACUCAGCCUUUAUUAUGAACUACUUGAACUUGGUGGUCAACCAGAUCGAAUAACAUUGACUGCACUUCUGUUAGCUUGCAGCUAUGGUGGAUUUGUCGAUGAAGGUAUAUCCAUAUUUUCUUCAAUGGAAGAGGAAUAUGGAAUUACACCUGGCAUUGAGCACUACACUUGUGUUGUGGGCAUGAUGACCAGGGCUGGUAAACUUAAAGAAGCCGGAGAUAUAUUACAAAAUAUGCCUCACGAGCCCAACAGUGAAAUGUGGGAAUCAAUACUUCUUGCUUGUGAUAUUUAUGGGGACUUGAAAGCAACUGAAAAGGUUGCAGGGAAGAUAAUGGAGUUAGCACCAGAAUCAUCUCUGCCGUAUUUGGUGCUAGCGCAAGUAUACGAGUCCAGGGGAAGAUGGGAGAGCCUUGUUCGGGUCAGGAAGGAGAUGAAAGAGAGAAUAGAAAACAAAGUAGCUAGUUACAGUUGGAUUAGUGUACGCAGCAGUGUAAUCAUGUACCAAGCAAACCAAAUUCUUAGUUGUGGCAGUAAGGACAUAGGCAUUUAUUCAACGUUGAGGCUAUUGACAGAGGAUACAUGGGAUAAAGGUUUAUGCUAAUCAGUUGCAACUGGGAGUAAUAGCUGCUAAACAGAUGAGUAUAGUGCACAGAUAGAAAAUCAAAAUUUAAAAUUGAUUCUUAUACAAUGGGCAAAGCCAACUUUGUUUUUGCUAUUGAUGUGGAUUUGCUAUAAGUGACUUUCAAGGUCUGAAUCUGAUUCAUUGCAUCAAAAGGGGUAAAAGCUUUUCCAAAGUUCAAAAUUUCCACAUGCAUAUGAUGGAGAACCAGUAAGGGUAAAAGGAUACUCGCCUUGUUUCAGGAUGCAGAAUUGGAGCAAUUCCAUAUAACUCAGAAUGUUGCAUCUAACAAAAACCUAUAUUUUGUAUUUUGGCCUUUAGAGAGGCAUUAACUUCAUCAAUAUGAGAUAAUUCUUUCAGCUUUA